CUUUACUUAAAAGCGAACAAAACAAUCCCCAAACCAAAUGGUCAUAGCGUCCAAGCAUUACAUUACCUAAAAUCCUUUCACUCUCUCAACUCAACACUCUAUACGAUUCAAAUCAAAUCCCAUAUACAUAUAUAUAUAUAUAUACAUACAUAUAUAUAUAGAGAGAAAAAUUGAAAAAGAUCAGAUCUUUAUCAUCAUCAUAAGAAGAAGAAGAAGAUGUGUUGUGGAAGUAGGAUGUGCAUGUUUUGCACGUGUCUGAUUCUGGUGGUGGUUCUCAUCGGAAUGUUGUUCGGCUUCGGAGUUUUCAAGAAUGGGUUUCACAAGAUUAAGGAUACUGUCAAUUACUCCGCCGGAGCCGGAAACGGAAGACCUUUCUUCCCUUACUAUGCUCCUCCACCAUUCUAAAUCUAAUCAUUUGGGUUUUUAAAUUUGUAGCAAUUUCAUUAUUAUUAUUAUUAUUAUGUAAAAGAUUCUUUAAAUUUGUGUUCUUUUUCGUUUGUGCAGUACUACAUCAAUUUUUAGCUUCUUUA